UCCACCGGACCCGGACUCGGAGGUGGGAGUCAGCAGGAGGAGGCGGAGGGAGAAGCACCGUGGUCCGGAGAACCGGACAAGAACCGGGAGAAGUACAAAGCAGUGGUGAGGUCCAGACUGGGCCGGGGGGGACUCUCCGGACCUGGGUCCCUGUUCGGAAGGUUGAGGCUGGAAGACUUAACGGUCCAGAAUCCCGGGUACCGGAUCUUAAACAUUCUGCAGAGAGACCGGGUCCAGUCAGAGAUGUGUGUGUCCAGGCUGAGCUGUGGUCUGCUUCUGGUUUCGGUUCUGGUGCCGCUGGGGACUCUGUGUGCAGGGCUGAGACAUGGUGGGGAGGGCACUAGGGAGUGUGUGUACUACAACAUAAACUAUGAGACAGAGAAGACCAAUCAGAGCGGAGUGGAGCGCUGCGAAGCCGAGGAGGACAAACACUCCCACUGCUUCUCCUCCUGGAGGAAUGAGUCUGGAUCCAUCGAGCUGCUCAAGAGAGGAUGCUGGUUAGAUGACUUCAACUGCUAUAACAGGCAGGAGUGUGUGGUGACAGAGGAAAGUCCUCAGGUUUUCUUCUGCUGCUGUGAAGGAAACUUCUGUAACGAGAACUUCACUUACCUGCCUGACCGGAGCCGCCCAGUCAUCAGGGCCCGGCCCGGUGGUACCGGCCCGUUACACCUGCUGAUUUACUGCCUGCUGCUAGUCAUCACGCUGCUCGUGGGUCUGCUCGUUACCGUCUGGUUAUAUCAACACCGGAAGCCUCCUUACGGACACGUGGACGUCUCUGAGGAUCCUGGUCCUCCCUUGGCCUCCCCUCUGCUGGCUCUGAAGCCCCUGCAGCUGCUGGAGGUGAAAGCUAGGGGGCGCUUUGGAUGCGUCUGGAAGGCCCAGGUCCUGAACGAGUUUGUGGCUGUGAAGAUCUUCCCCAUCCAGAACAAGGAGUCAUGGCAGAACGAGAGGGACGUGUUCCUGACUCCAGGAAUGAGACAUGAGAACAUUCUGAGGUUUCUGGGAGCAGAGAGACGGGGGCAGCAGGGAGGGACUCACCUGGAGGCGGAGCUUUGGCUCAUCACAGAGUUCCAUGAAAAGGGCUCUCUGUCGGACUUCCUGAAGGGGAACGUGGUCAGCUGGACCGAGCUGUGUCUUAUAACGGAGUCCAUGGCCCGCGGUCUGGCAUACCUUCAUGAGGACGUCCCCCGACUGAAGGGACACGGACACAAACCGGCCAUCGCUCACAGGGACUUCAAGAGUAAGAACAUCAUCCUGCGUUCAGACCUCACCGCCGUCAUCGCCGACUUUGGCCUGGCUAUUGGCUUUGAAGCAGGGGAACCACCUGGAGAGACUCAUGGACAGGUGGGCACUAGGCGCUACAUGGCUCCAGAGGUGUUGGAAGGAGCCAUCAACUUCCAGAGAGACGCCUUCCUGCGGAUCGACAUGUACGCCCUGGGACUGGUUCUGUGGGAGGUUCUGACCCGCUGCCAUGCUGCUGACGGUCCAGUCGAUGAGUACCUGCUGCCGUUUGAGGUGGUGGUGGGUCAGCAUCCGACCCUGGAGGACCUGCAGGAGGUUGUGGUCCACAAGAAGAUGAGACCAACCAUUAAAGAAGUCUGGCUGAAACAUGACGUGAGUACCUGCAGUUCCAACCCAGUUAGUUUGUACCGGUACCGCUCCACUUCAGCUGGGCCUCAGGUCACACGAGGCAGCCCUGGAGCAGGUUCUGAAGAGUUCUGGACCUCCUGUCUGCAGGGCCUGGCUCAGUUCUGCGAGACGGUGGAGGACUGCUGGGACCACGACGCCGAGGCCCGUCUGUCAGCCGGCUGCGUGGAGGAGAGGAUCUCCCAGAUCCGGCGGCACGCCUCCAUCCAAGGCCCGCCCACCCCGCUGGUCUCCUCACCCGUCACCAUGGUGACAAACGUAGACCUGACCUCUAAAGAGACUAGGACAUGACCUGGACCUUCGACCCCUCGCUGUUCCGUUUCACCUGGACUCCGGUCACCAGCACACAGAGGAGGGGUCACAUGACCUGAUCUGCCUUUUUCCUCUUUGAUGUUUUUUGAGUAAUUUUGUUUGUUGCUGAUGUGAAAACCAGGAUGUGUCAGGAUUUAGCUCCGUCGGGACGGAGCGCUUCAGGGAUUCUAAACAGUCAAACUAAUCUGGCCGAGGUUCUGCAGUUUCCAUUUCCUGUACAGCAGCAGAGGUCAAAGGUCAUAUGUCUGAUCUGGGACCAAUCCUCGCUCUGCGGCCAUCAGCGAGGUGCGUAGUAGGGCGUGAGUCUACGGUCGCUGCAGCUCACGUGAAACCGGAGUCUGCAACAUCGUCCUGAAACGAACUCGGGCGAGUGCAGAUCCACUUCCAAACCCAGGACCGGAACGUCCUACACUUCUGGACUGGAGUCUGCUGUUGAAGGGUGCAGGAGCGAGUGUUGGGGUUGGGCCCAAAAUGAGGCGAGCGACCUUCGUCUAACAGAAUGUGUUUGUCUCCUGUGUGAUGCUGCUGAUUACCAUGACAACCAGCCAAACCUCAGACGUGUUUGUGGACUAGAGGAGCGUCUCCUGCCCGUUUUGUUGUUUCUGGCAGCUCAGGAGCACCUGGACUGACCAGACCUCCCUCCAUCCGCCUACCUCCUCACCUUUGUACUCGUUUGCUGAUCUCAGGAAGCAACCAGACUCAGAUCAGGUGUGUUAGUUUGGAAUAAAGCGUGUAACGUUCCAGAGCGGUGUUGUCCUACACGCUUUAGCAGCUGAAUGAUGAGAGAACAGCUUCAAGUUGUAAAAUUUAUUUUCUGUAAAUGAUUCUGAAUCAGACGCACCAUAAUUCCCACAGAAAGGCCCAAAACCAGGCUUCACUUAGUUUACAUCCAAUAAUAGAAAAACAAAACCAGCAGAGCCUGAAUAAAACUCCUAUGUACACGGCCA